AAGGCCACACUUUAAUGACAAUGGCGCCCUCUGCCGGACAUUUUACGCUACUUAUUAUGUGUUCUAAUAUGUGUUAACCACAUGACUUAAACUCGUCAUUUCAUUGGUAGACGUUAACUAAACUAUAUUGUUCAUGUUCGGACAUGUCUAAAAGCUAGAAAGUUCGCACAAGUUGUUGUCCAUCGUGGCUGGCUGCUAUCUGGUUCAUUCCUAACAGUUUGUUAAUAUUGUGUGCGUACAUUUAAAAAAACCACACACACAUAUAUAUGCAUCUGUACCUAUUGGGAUUGGAAACAGUAAAAUUGUUUAAUAAGGACAUGGACCGAGUGAUUUAUUGUUCUGUCUGAACAUUCUGCAGCGGUUGCCAUACAAUUUAAACGGCACCUAUUCACUUUCAUACAAUUUGGUCCUUCGAGCCGGAUCCAGGCAACUACUGCAGCAUCACCAUGUCCCAAUCGGAAAGACAAGCUAUGCCAGAUCAACCAGUGGUUCGACCACGUCGACAGGUCAUCAAACCAAGAUACCUAGACGACUUCUAUGUUGAUUAUACAAUGCAACGUCAACCACUUCAUUCUCAUAAUGAACAGCCAAUGCCAUGUGCCACUGGACGUGCAUCUGAUAAAAAGCGUAUGCCUGCACAGAAUACUGAAAGUAGACCAGUACCAACACAGGAGAUGAUCACUGGAUCAAGUGGAAGGAGUUCAUUUGUGGAUGCAUUUCAAGGUUCACCGCCAUCACAGUCUCAGAUUUCUCCAAAACCUAAUGAGGAACAGAGAAUUAGCUCCACAAGCCCACAUACAGCAGCCAGAGAGAGCAGGCCAGUACUGCCCCAAGAUCACAACGAUCUUUCUCAGCCCAUUGGGGCACUGCAUGUGGAUUCAAGGAGAGACCCUCAGCAUUCUCAUUCAGUCAGCCAUAAAGAGAUUGAUCAUCUCACUGACAAUUUAAGAGGACUGAGACCACUAAGCUCUGCGGCCCAGUUAACUCCACAGCCUCUCUAUUCGAAUGAACCAUCCCAUUCUCAGCUACGGAUUAACAACAUGGGUAUGGACAGACCUUGUGCUUACUACAACAUGGACGACAGAAAAUCUGACUACCCAAGAGCUGAUGAAAGAAAUUACUGUCAAGCACCGGCAGCUGUUCGAUUCAUGCCUCGAGACUUUGACUCAGCACUACCAGCUCAUUAUAGCGGCUACACAGAAGAUAGUAUGCAUCGCCGACCAGCCAGCUGCUUUCCGCCUACUGAAACACAAGGUUACCAGCAGCCUUAUGUCCAUUCAGCUACAUACCCAAUUCCGCAGGAAGAAAGAUCAAUUCCAAGAGACAUCCCAUUUCACCCUGCACGCUAUGAGAGACACCCAGGCUAUGACCAAUCAACUCCAAUUCAUGCAGAUAUACCAGUAUUUCCAAAAUUACAGCCGUCUGCAGAAUUUACACGAACCGAGUCAUACCAGCCAUAUCACCUGGAGCAUCCUCAUUUAUCCCCAUACCAGCAUGGAGAGCCCUCCUACCGAGGCCCAGUUCCCACCAUCCCUAAUUUCUGCCGUGAAGACCCCAGAGAAUUUGCACGUCUUAAAAUUGCACUGGAGAAUGUGUUACCUGCUGAGGCUACUGAACGUUUCAAAUUCCAAAUAUUGGUUGAUCACCUGAAACAUGAGAAUGCUUUGCUCAUUGCAGACUCAUAUGUAAAUAGCAGGUACCCAUACACCAGCACUAUGAGAUCUUUAACUGCACUUUAUGGACAACCACAUCAACUUGCUCUGCAAAGAAUCGCAGAAUUGAUGGAUGGCCCUACAAUCAAGAGCGGUGACAUUAGAUCUUUCAGACUAUUCGCCCUCAAAGUACGUGCAUUGGUAGGAAUGCUGGACCAACUUGGAGCUAAAGGCUGGACAGAACUUAAAUGUGGGUCACACGUUUCACGACUUCUUGCAAAACUGCCUCAUGACUUAAGAGCAAACUUCAGACGGUUUACUAACCCCAUUCAAAUACCUAUUCCAACUUUACUGGAUCUCAGUGACUGGCUUGAAUAUGAGCUCAGGAUUCAAGAGGAUGAAUCACAGUACACUAGUACUCCGAACAGAACCUACUCUCAGCCACAGAGAGACCAGCAGAGAAACCCGAAACCAGCUCAACGAUUUGCUACAGUUUUACACGGUAGUGAACACAGUAAACCCUUAAAAGAUGUAACAAGCAAGAAGGAGAAACCAAAAAAGUACUGUCCCUUUUGCAACACUGUUCAGCACUAUUUCAAUCAGUGUGCUAACUUCAAACUGCUGAACCAAGGUCAAGUGGAGUGUUGGCUGAAGUCAAAUCAAAAGUGCUUUAAGUGCGGACGUGACCAUCAGAUCUCAGAAUGUAAUCUUAAAGCCAAAUGCAAAAAAUGUGACAAGAUACAUUUAGACAUACUGCAUGACUUCCACAACAAAGUGAAACCUGACACCCCAACUUCAACGGAGAACAGCUGUCUUGUAAGCUCUGAAGUGGAGACACUGUACCUUGACAGACCAGUCGCAAGCAGUAAAGUGCUCUUGAAAGUCACACGAGUAAUCCUAAGAAACGGGGAGAAAGAACUCGAUACUUAUGCCAUACUCGACGACGGGUCAGAAAGGACAAUGUUACUGCAUCCAGCAGCACAGCAACUUGGUCUUCAGAAAGUGCCAGAAGAUAUAGCUCUCCGAACAGUAAGACAAGACAUACGGAUUGUUCAUGGGGCGGCUGUUUCAUUCUCCAUAACUGCUGUUGCUCAGCCAGACAAAGUCUACACUAUUGAAAGAGCUUUCACGGCCAAAGAACUGAACCUUGCAAAACAUACUUACCCUGUUAAACUAUUGCAAAGGAAAUACAGACACCUGCAAGGUCUGCCUAUUCCCCCACUGCAACAGGCUCAACCACUCUUACUCAUUGGUUCAGAUUAUCCACAUCUGUUCACGGCUAUAGAACCAGUGCGCCUCGGACCACAUGGCGGUCCUGCCGCAGUGAAAACAAGACUUGGGUGGACUUUACAGGGCCCCUCAAAAUUCCUUGUCAACCAGCUCUCUCCGCAGCAAUGCCUAUUCACCUCUGUUAUGUCUCCAGAAGCAGAACUUUUCAAUAAUGUACAGAAGCUUUGGCAAAUGGACACCCUUCCAUAUAAGAGUGAGAAGCUGAUCACAAGAUCAAGACAAGAUGCGGAGGCUGUAAAAAUGCUCGAGGAAAAAACAGUCAGGGUGACUGUUGGAGGCUGUCAAAGGUAUGCUACACCACUUCUCUGGAAGAAAAAUCUCCCACCAUUGCAAGCCUCCAAAGACGCAGUAACAGCACAUCUAAGAAGCACAGAGAAACGCCUUUUACAGAACACAGAUCUUGCAACUGUAUACAAUAAUGAAGUGCAGAAGCUUGAGAAUGCAGGCUACACCUCUAAGCUGACACCAGAGGAUAUGGAGAAAAGCCAUUGUGCAUGGUACAUACCACAUCACAUUGUUCACCACAAUGAAAAGCCCAGAAUUGUCUUUAACUGUUCAUUUAAACACAAAGGAACAAGUCUGAAUGACCAUCUUCUCCCUGGCCCAACGCUCGGACCAAGCCUUUUAGGAGUACUUCUGCACUUCAGAGAAAAUGCAGUUGCUAUAAGCAGUGAUGUGAAAGGAAUGUUCCACCAGGUGCGUCUACUGGAAGAAGACAAGCCCUUUCUUCGUUUUCUAUGGAGAGACCUGGAACUGGAAAGACAUCCUGACAUUUAUGAAUGGCAAGUUUUGCCUUUUGGCACAGUCUGCAGCCCCUGCUGUGCAACCUUUGCCUUGCAGAACCAUGUAUACAACUACAGCAAACCUGCAGAAGAUGUGCGUGUAUCUGUAGAACAGAACUUCUACGUAGACAACUGGUUGCAAAGUUUCCCAUCAACAGCUGAAGCACAGACGCUCGCAACUAAGAUGCAGGUACUCCUAUCAGAAGGUGGCUUUGAAUUGAGGCAGUGGGCUACUAACACUCCAUCUGUCAUUGCUCAUUUACCUGAUGAGUUAAAAUCUGCAAACAGUCACCUGUGGUUCACUCAAAGUGGAGAAGACCCACAAGAAAUGACUCUGGGCCUAAGAUGGCAGUGCUCUUCAGAUGUUCUUGGUUACAGAUCCAAACAAGAGGAAAAUUCUGUGAUAACACUGAGGAACAUAUACAAGACCCUCGCCAGUCAAUAUGACCCAUUAGGUUUCCUAAUCCCAUUCACGACAAGAGCAAAAAUCAUUGUUCAACGGCUAUGUUACACCAAACCAGAUAUUGACCUAUCUGGUAGCAAACGAACCAUUCACAUAUUCUGUGACGCUUCAGAACGCGCAUAUGGCUCUGUGGCAUACCUCGGCACAAGUGAUGGUAAUGGUGAGACCCAAGUUUCAUUUGUUGCUGCGAGAUCAAGAGUGGCACCAAAACGACAACAGUCUAUACCAAGACUCGAACUCUGUGCUGCUCUAACGGGUGCUCAGCUGGCAGCUACUUUACGAAAAGAACUGACAAUCAAAAUUGAUCAAGAGGUAUACUGGACUGAUUCCACAACUGUACUAACUUGGCUUCACUCAGAUUCAUGCAGUUACAAGGUAUUCGUUGGAACACGUGUGGCUGAAAUACAAGACCUUACAGACCCAAAAGCCUGGCGUUAUGUCAAUUCAGAGUUAAACCCGGCAGAUGAUAUUACACGAGGACUCGCUCUCUCUAAACUCAUAGAGCAAAACAGAUGGAAUCAGGGCCCACAGUUCUUAACUCAGCCAACCAGUAAAUGGCCCAAACAGUCACUUGAUGUCACAGCUGCCUGUGAUGACACCCAAGAACGUCGGAAUUCUACUUUUUGUGGAAUUUUAUCCUCCAAUCAGACUAACAUCCCAGAUAUAUCUCAGUACCACUCACUUCAAGAUCUGAUUAAGGCUAUCGCUAUCUCAUUGCACGGGGCGGCAGACGGAUCAAAUGAGCUAUCUGCGGAUGACUAUUCACAAGCUGAAUUGGAACUACUGAGACAAGCUCAGAUUGAAAGCUUUCCCGAAGAAACAGCGCAGCUUCAGUCAGGCAAAUCAUUAUCUCACUCUAGUCGUCUUCUGACUUUAGCCCCAGGAUACGAUCACAAAUCCAAAUUAAUAAGAGUUGGGGGACGCCUCCGUCGAUGUGAUGACCUGGACUCAAAUACUAUCCAUCCUAUUGUCAUGAAUCCUGCACACCCACUCUCCAAACUUUUGAUCCAACAUUAUGACAACCUUCUCCUCCAUCCAGGACCCGAACGGGUAUUUGCAGAAAUAAGGCGAAAAUAUUGGAUCCUAAGAGGCAGAGAGGCAGUUAAAAGGCAUCAGAGCAAAUGCUUUGAAUGUAAAAAAUGGCGAGGCAAGCCAGAAAUACCCAGGAUGGCAGAUCUUCCCCCGUCUAACCUUAGACUGUUUCGUCCAGCUUUUUACUCGACAGGCAUUGACUGUUUCGGCCCCUUCCAAGUUAAGAUUGGACGCAGAUGUGAGAAACGCUGGGGAAUACUGUACAAAUGUCUUACAACCAAAGCUGUUCAUAUUGAACUUUUAUCAUCCCUUGAUUCUGACUCUUUCCUCAUGUCUGUAAGACGAUUCAUAGCCCGUAGAGGAAAACCGCACGAAAUUCUUUCUGAUCAUGGUACAAAUUUCAAGGGAGGUAACACAGAACUUCAGAAUGCCUUCAAUGCACUUCAGCCAUCCUUGAAAGAGCAUCUGGCUUCUCAACAGAUACAUUUCCGUCUAAAUCCACCAAAUGCACCACAUUUCGGUGGAUCGUGGGAAAGGGACGUUAAGUCUAUCAAGACGGCACUGCGUACAUCUCUUGGUUCACAAUCAGUGCCAGAGGAAGUACUAACUACCGUACUUGUGGAAAUAGAAGGAAUACUGAAUUCCCGACCUCUGGGGUAUGUCUCUUCAGAUGUUGCUGAUAUAGACCCUGUAACACCUAAUUCUCUACUCAUGGGACGUCUAAGUUCUGCCUUACCCCAAGUUGUCUAUCCGGAGUCAGAAAUUCUCAGUCGUAAGAGAUGGCGUCACAGCCAGAUUCUGAUCGAGAACUUUUGGAAAUGCUUUAUACGAUAUUACCUCCCAGACCUACAACAACGACAGAAAUGGCAGAAAGAAUCGGAAAACCUUCAAACUGAUGAAGUUGUGAUGAUUGUGGAUCAACAAUCACCGAGAGCUCUAUGGCAAGUUGGUACUGUGACCAAAGUCCUUCCUGGACAGGAUGGACGAGUUCGUUCAGCAAUAGUAAAGGUCAAAGAUAAAAGUUACACAAGGCCUGUGGCUCGCCUUAUUAAACUGCCGGCUCUUCCAACUAAUGGUAACAAAGACUAAUUGGCCUUUUCAAUAUUCACAAAUUUGUUAAACAAAUUAGGGGGCGGCUGUACAAAAGGCCACACUUUAAUGACAAUGGCGCCCUCUGCCGGACAUUUUACGCUACUUAUUAUGUGUUCUAAUAUGUGUUAACCACAUGACUUAAACUCGUCAUUUCAUUGGUAGACGUUAACUAAACUAUAUUGUUCAUGUUCGGACAUGUCUAAAAGCUAGAAAGUUCGCACAAGUUGUUGUCCAUCGUGGCUGGCUGCUAUCUGGUUCAUUCCUAACAGUUUGUUAAUAUUGUGUGCGUACAUUUAAAAAAACCACACACACAUAUAUAUGCAUCUGUACCUAUUGGGAUUGGAAACAGUAAAAUUGUUUAAUAAGGACAUGGACCGAGUGAUUUAUUGUUCUGUCUGAACAUUCUGCAGCGGUUGCCAUACAAUUUAAACGGCACCUAUUCACUUUC